AUGACUACUCAAAGAAACACAAAAAAGUAUGAGGAAUUAUUGGAAAGUGACGAUGAAUUUCCAGAUGCUUUUAUUGAACCUCCUGACAUUCCUGCUUAUUUGAAUGAUAACAGAUUUGACAUUAUUAAAUUUGAUUGGAUAUAUAACAAAAACAUCGGUGAUAAAAAUUUAAAUGUGCCUGAUAUGGUACCAAAUAAUAAUACAAAAAAUGUGUUCCUUCAUAAUAAAUGUAAUGUAGGUUUAAAAAAAGGACUGCUAAAUAAACUUGAUGUAUACUGCUUAAAAAGUUUGGAAAAUAAAAUUGCAGACAACACAUUACUUUGGUUUGUUAACUUUUUGAUGUGUAAAGACAUGCAGUCACAAUAUAAAUUUCUUAGGAGUUGUCUUGUUAAUGAAGAUGUGUAUACAUUUAAUCAAUGCAAAAAAGAAAAGGAUAAUAAUAUAGAUUUAAAUAAAAAAUGCAAUUACAGAAUUAAUGUAAAGUGA